AUGGUCUACCUGAAUGGACAGUCGAUCAAGUGUGAGACCAAAAGAAAAUUUUAUGAGGCAGCCACUGAAAACACUAUCCCGGGCCUUCCUUUAGAGCCAUUGAAGCCAGAGACAAGUAAAGUAGGGCAGAACAGAGACUCAAAAGUUGAAUUUUUGGAGGAAAAUAUCAAACGCGCAAGACUGCAACUCAUUCAGUACCUUGGUCUUGCUAAGGAUAAGUACAUUCAACAAUCGGAACAGUAUUACAAAGUGGAACGCCAAGUGACAGACACAUUAUCUUCCCUCCACGACAAGAGAGAAGAGCUGUUUCCAAACUCGCUCUACGUUUUGACCGGGUUCCUGACAGGUGUUGUGUUCACCAGACGCAGCAAUAUUCUCGUCAGAUCUACCGUGCCAUUAUUAUGCGGAGUGGCUGCAUUCAGAUUUUUCCUCCCAUCGACAUUCUCGAACGUCAUUUGUUGGUUUGAUAAUUACGAAAGGAAGCACCAGCCAGAGCUUUGGUCGUCACAAAAAGACUUGUUCAAUAAGGCAAGCAAAAUGAUCGAUCAGGCAGAUAAAUUGGCCACAGAAACUGAGUCCGUUAUGGGCAAGUACUUGGACGAAACCAAGAGGAUGGUGGGAACCUACGCAGGGCUCAAUGUUGAACAAAAGGUCACUGAGAAAAAAAAUAAAUGA